GCCUACCGUCGCGCCUACCGACGAAAGGGCGUACGUACCUUCUAUCUUCCCCUGUCUACCCCUCCUGCCUUAUAAUCUCCAUCUUAGCCCAAACGAGGGGCCUUAUUCUCCUUCCCUCCCACCAUGAUCCCCCUCAUAGCAACAACACUGUUGCUGGCAACGUCAGCACUCUCUCUGGGCAACCAUGGUGGUGCCAGGAAGUCCUUGAGCUUUGGCCCGAAGCAUCCGACCGCAAAGCUCAAUGUACCCUCUGAGCAAGUUCACGCAGCCUCAUUCGGGCUUGAGAAGCGCGCGCACUGCGGGCACGACUACGACCCUAAGGAGCUCGCUGCCAGCUUCGUCCAGAGCCUGCAUGGAGGCGGAGAGUUCCGCAUCAGGGAAGACAGUUACACCGAUGCUCGCACGGGUGUUAGCCAUAUCUAUGUUCGCCAGAUCGUGAAUGGCGCCGAGGUCAUGGACGGCGAUAUCAACGUCAACAUACGUGACGGCCAGGUCAUCUCCUAUGGUGAUUCGUUCUAUCGCGGUGAUACCCCGACAUAUGCGAUGGACCCGUCAUCGUUAUUCGAGCCUACGCAUGACCAGGCACACCAUUGCGAGGCAUUAUCGUCACACCUGACGUCGUUCCUUGCUACACCUUCAGGCCAGGUCCCGUUCAACCCGGACCACCCGACGGAGGAGGAUGCGGAGCUACUUGCGAUGCUUCACUCACACAACUGCCCCUCGUCACCUCUCGAUGAUGGGGAGCCUGAGUUGCUCGUGGAUCCUAGUGUCUCAGCACUGAACUUCAUGAUGCUGGCUGCUCCUGACGCUGAGGUGUCCGCUGCCUUGAAGGCGAACUACGGUGCCCAUCUGGAGCUUCUCACUGUCAUCCCGACCGAGAGCUUGAUCUCGACCUCGCCCGCUGUCGAGAUUCAUAAUGUUCCUCACACAACCGGUUCUGUCAAGGCUCAGCUGGCGUAUGUCCAGACACCCCACCCCGAGGAGGAGAACAUGACCGUUCUCAACCUUGUGUGGCACCUCACCGUGCCCAUGGAGGACAACGCGUACGAGGCGUUUAUGUCUGCGACUCGUGCGAACCGCCUGAUCAGUGUCGUCGACUGGGUAUCCGACGCGUACGUGCCGAUCCCUAAGCCUGGCAAGGAGAAGAACCCGGUGUACAAUGUGUGGGCCUGGGGGGUCAACGACCCGUCAGAGGGCAACCGCUCUCUGGUCUCGGGCUACGAUAAGACCGCCUCGCCCGCUGGCUGGCACGCAAUGCCCAGCUCGGCCUCUCCAUACAGCGCCGACAAGAAGCCCAAGGUGCCCGAGGACGACGAGGAUCCCAUUAUGAACUUCACUACGACUUGGGGUAACAAUGUCUUCGCCCAUGAGAACCUCGACGGCCGCAACGAGUGGGAGUUCAACCAGCGCCCAGAUGCUGGUUCCGAAAUGAUCUUCGACUAUAACUACCUACCUGCUAAGAACUUCACCGGCACCAACCCCCGAGAGUACCUGAACUUGUCCAUCACUCAGCUGUUUUACACUGCGAACAUGAUUCACGACAUCUACUAUCGCUAUGGUUUCGAUGAGAAAUCCGGUAACUUCCAACAGUUCAAUUUUGGCAAGGGUGGCAAGGGCAAUGACGCGGUUAUCUGCAACGCCCAGGAUGGUUCAGGCUACAAUAAUGCAAACUUUAUGACGCCGCCGGACGGUCAGAAUGGAAAGAUGCGCAUGUAUGUUUGGAACACUGCCAAGCCCUGGAGGGAUGGCGAUCUCGAGGCCGGGAUCGUGAUUCACGAGUACUCGCAUGGGCUGUCAACUCGUCUCACCGGUGGUCCAGCCAAUUCUGGUUGUCUCGGUUGGGGCGAAGCAGGUGGAAUGGGAGAAGGCUGGGGUGACUUCUACGCUACUACAAUCCGAUCUACCAGUACAUAUCAGGACUAUGCCAUGGGUUCGUGGGCUGCCAACCGACCGCAAGGCAUUAGGAACUUCAUCUAUUCUUUGAACAUGACUGUGAACCCAUCGACAUACAAGACGCUGGACGAGCCUGGUUAUUGGGGUGUACACGCAAUUGGCGAGGUCUGGGCCCAAAUUCUCUGGAUUGUUGAGAAUCGGUUGAUUAAGGUUCACGGGUUUAACGAUAAUCUUUUCCCCCCCGAGGCGCUUCCAAAUGGUACUAUCCCGGAAGGUGACUUUUACCGGCCAGCGACCUACACCAAGAAAGGAAAGCGGCUGCCGCUUAUUCCCAAACACGGAAACACGCUCGCCUUCCAGCUCGUUAUGGACGGAAUGAAGCUGCAGCCGUGUCGGCCAUCAUUUUUUGAUGCUCGAGAUGCCAUCAUCCAGGCUGAUGAGAUCUUGACCGGGGGCGAGAACAAGUGUGAGCUUUGGAAGGGAUUUUCCGAACGUGGACUAGGGCCGGAUGCAAUGUUGAAGGGCGGCACCCCUUGGGGCGGCGGAGUUCGCACUGACGACUACACGUUGCCGGAGGGUAUCUGCGAUGUUGAUGAUACGCCCGAGAAUGGGCCCGAGGAAUAGUCGCACGGAACCGGUAACGGGCACCGAGUGUUCUAGGCUCAGGGUGAGAGGGAUGGCGACAUAGGGAUGGCGAUAUGGGGAGUGGGGAUCGGUCGCGUCGGAUAGAUCGGUUGUAGGCAGUUGUUGUAUUUCUGAUUUUCACAUCUUGAUUCCACGCCACGAUAGCUCCGUCCACACAAUGUAUAUGGUCA